AUGAAUACUAGAUGGGCGGCUGCUUCCACGGCUGCUAGACUGAAAAAUCCAACUGUCUUCCGUGAGAAGGCAUAUAUCGAUGCCCAAUGGCUUGAGUCAUUAUCCAGCAACAACUACGGUGAUCGGCUCAUGCCCCGAAAUGUUCGUCGGCCCUGCAAGAUGGAGUGUCCCAGGCUUGCGCAACAUUCAUCUAGGUCAUCCGAGGACAUGAACGAUGCUAUUGAAGUAGCCCAGCGAGCUUUCAGCACCUUUCAGUACACAGCUCCAAAAGAGAGAGCAAGAAUAGUACAGAAGUGGUCUGAUCUGAUGAUUGAGCAUCUGAAAACACUAGCAGAGAUACUAAUGUAUGAGAAUGGACGACCUAUUGCGGGAGCGCGGCAGGGAAUUAAAUCUGCUGCUGGGUUCUUUGACUGGUUCAGGUGUGAGGCUGAAAGAUCAUAUAACCACACCGCUAGCGGCACCACAUCAGGCAACCGCGUAGUUACAAUCCAGCAGCCUGUUGGCGUGGUCGGUGUACUUACCGCUUGGAACUUCCCAAGCGCGACGAUCACGCGAAAAGUGGCUGGUGCCAUCGCAGCAGGGUGCGCAAUCGUUCUCAAGGCCGCUACAGAGACACCGUAUUCCGCAUUGGCAUUGGCAGAGCUCGGGGAGCGAGCAGGUGUCCCUAAAGGUAUGUUCAACGUUGUGACUACGAACGAACUUGUUCAGGAAGUUGGUACCGCCAUUACCACCCGUAAAGACGUCAAAAAGACCUCGUUCACAGGAUCUACCCAUGUUGGGAAGCUCCUCAUGGCGUAG